UCCUCUGUGUGGGCUGCAGGUGCAGUUUCUAUCCGGUGAACUUGUUAAGAAGAGAAAAUGCGCCAAGGGGACAGUUUAGGGGUGAACCUCACCUGAACUGGACCAUUAAGUCAUGGGGCUAUUUACCUCCAACGCCGUUUGAGAGGGAGAGUGUGAGAGAGAGACAGAAAGACAGAGAGAGAGAGACAGAGAGAGACAGAGAGAGAGCUACUUUCUUUCCCUCGCUUUUCCACGUAAAAGUUUUUAUUAAUUUAUUUUUCGUCCAUAAGGUGUUGGAAUGUACAUUUGUGCUCAGUAGCCUGUUUGUGUCGCGCCCUUUGGUGACUUUGCAUAGAUAGCAUCACUACUUCCGGAUUUUUUUAUUACUGCUAUUCUUAUAAUACUCGCUAAGUUCGCUACUUCCUUGUACAUAGCGAAUAGAGGAACUGACCACCGCGACAGGACACAGCCCGCUGUUUUACAGAGUAAUUUUAUUUAAUAGUUAAAACCAUGAAGUAGUGUUCUGAGAAGGCAAUAUCACAGCUUGGAAAUCUAAAGUAUUCCAUUAGAGGGUGGGUACCCUGACUGACGGAGCAGCGAUGGCGGGCCGGAUCCAACAGGGGGAGUUGACGGAGUACAAGAAGAGCCUGAUCAAGCGGGACCUGGAGAUGGGCAUCGUGAUGACAGUGUUCCGACAGCGAGCAGAGCGGCUGUCUGUACAGGUCAUCAUGGAGACCAGGCAGGUGGCCUGGACACGCACCGCCGACAAGACCGACGGUGUCUUGGACUUGCAUGAGAUCCGGGAGGUUCGCCCAGGGAAGAACUCCAAGGACUUUGAUCGAUUUAAAGACUGCAAGGAAAAGUAUGACGACAGGACCUGCUUCACUAUCUUUUAUGGAUCCCAGUUUGUCCUGAACACACUGAGCCUUGGAGCUGAUACAGUGGAGGACGCAGAGAAAUGGCUGAUGGGCCUGGAGCUGCUGAGACAGGAGACGCUGGAGGCUCCGACCCCUGAUAUAAUAGAAAGCUGGUUGAGGAAGCAGAUGUAUUCCAUCAAUCAGACAAAGAAGAACAGCAUCAGAAUGAAGGAGCUGAAGUCUCUCCUGCCACAGCUCAACCUGAAAGUUCCUGGCGCUCGCUUUCUGAAGGACAGGUUUGCGGAGAUAGGAGCAAGGAAAGAUGUCCUGGACUUCGAGCAGUUUCAUAAAUUCUACAACAUCGUAAUGUUUGAAAACCAGAAGAGUAUUCUGGAAGAGUUUAAGAAGGAUUCCUGUGCCUUCAUCAUGGGCAACACAGACAAACCCGACGCCUCUGCUGUCUUGCUGUAUGAUUUCCAGCGCUUCCUCCUUUACCAGCAAAAGGAGUCUUGGGCGAAUGACCUGAACCAGGUGAGGGAGCUGAUGACAACCUUCAUUGAUGACACGAUGAGGAAGACUAAUGACCCUGAGUUCACAGUCGGCGAGUUCCUCAACUUUCUGUUCUCCAAGGAGAAUUCUAUCUGGGAUGAGAAGUUCUCAGAUGUUUGCACCCUGGACAUGAACAAUCCGCUGUCCCACUACUGGAUAAACUCCUCCCACAACACGUACUUGACAGGGGACCAGUUGCGGAGCGAGUCGUCCACUGAAGCCUAUGUGCGAUGCCUGCGUCUGGGCUGCCGAUGCAUAGAGUUGGACUGCUGGGACGGUCCAGGUGAGCCCAUUAUCUACCACGGCUGGACCAGGACCACCAAGAUCAAGUUCGAGGAUGUGGUGAAGGCCAUUAACGAGCACGCCUUUGUUGCAUCUGAAUACCCGCUGGUGCUGUCCAUCGAGGAGCACUGCAGCAUCGACCAGCAGAGGCAGAUGGCGCGGAUCUUCCGGGACGUGUUCCAGGACAAGCUGCUGACCGAACCCGUGGAGCUCAUCGCUGAUCAGCUGCCCUCUCCCACGCAGCUCAAGGGCAAGAUCAUAUUAAAGCACAAGAAGCUGAGCAUAGCAGAUGGUCUGGACCGCACAAAUGCCACCUUUGGCCGGGGAGACCUGCGGAAGGGGGAAAAGCAGGGAGACCUGUACAUCUGGGACCCUGUGGACCAGCAAUGGAACCGACACUACUCCGUGAUCUCAGAUGAUAAGUUGUACUAUGCUGAGGAGUAUGAAGAGGAGGAGGAUGAGCCCAGAAAGGGCAUGAGGCCUACGGAGCUGCACUGCGGCGAGCCCUGGUUCCACGGGCGCAUGUCAGAGGGCCGACAGACGGCAGAGCGCCUCCUGCAGGAAUUCUGCGCCGAGUCAGGGGGGCGCGACGGGACCUUUCUGGUGCGGGAGAGCGACACCUUCGUCACGGACUUCACCCUCUCCUUCUGGCGUGGAGGGAGAGUACAGCACUGUCGAAUUCGCUCCGGGUCAGAGGAGGGACACACGGUGUAUUUCCUCACGGAAAACCUGCACUUCUCCAGUGUGUACGGCCUGGUGGAGCACUAUCGCCAGAACCCCCUCCGCUGCAUGGAGUUCGACCUCCGGCUCACUGAUGCCGUGCCACGCCCUAAUCAGCACGUCACACAGAACUGGUUCUACAGUAAUCUGAGCAGAGGGGAGGCGGAGGACAUGCUGAUGCAUAUCCCACGUGACGGAGCCUUCCUCAUCCGCCAGAGAGAUACCAGUGACUCCUUUGCCAUCACAUUCAGGGGUGACGGUAAAGUGAAGCACUGCCGUAUUCAGAAGGAGGGCUCCAUGUUUGUCCUGGGAUCCUCCACCGAGUUUGAGAGCCUGGUGGAGCUCGUCAACUACUUCCGUAAGAAGCCCCUCUACCGCAAGAUCAAACUGCGCUACCCCGUUACCGAGGAGCUGGUGGCCCGGUUCAGCAAGGAAAAAAACUCUACCUCCAUCUAUGAGCUGAAGAUGUAUGUGGAACCCAACGAGAUUGAGCCAUCCCUGCCCCAGAGCACUGUGAAGGCACUGUAUGACUACCGAGCAGGUAGGGCAGAUGAGCUCAGUUUCUCCAAGGGAGCUUUCAUUCAUAACGUGACCAAAGACUCCAGCAGCUGGUGGAAGGGGGAUUAUGGAGGGAAGCUGCAGCACUUUUUUCCUGCAAACUAUGUGGAGGAGGUCUCUAACAACAAGAAUGUGGAGUCAAAAGACCAGGGGACAGAGGACAACCCACUGGGUGACCUGUGUAAGGGUGUGGUUGAGCUCUCCAAAUGCAGUGUUGUGAGGGCAGGGCAAGCCAAGAACGGCAUGUCGUACGUGCUCACGCUGCAGCUGAAGGAGGACGACACCAUGCUGCCAUUGGACAUCGCCACGGAUACAGUGGAGGACCUGUUCGAGUGGCACCAGGUGGCAUGGGACGCCGCCCAGCGAGAGAUCAGCAAGCAGUACAAGAUCACCAAACAGAAAGAGAACGAGAAGAAGGACGAGGUUGCGAUUGAGAUGUCUGAGCUGGUGGUGUACUGCACGCCCCGCAGCAAAGAGAAGGAAUGCUUUGAGAGCUUCACCUACAAGGAGAUCCGCUCCUUCGUAGAGAACAAGGCACCGGUGGUGCGGGGCCGAGCAAAGGAGUUCCUCAAGUACAACCGCAAAGCUCUGAGCCGUAUCUACCCCAAGGGCCAGCGCGUGGACUCCUCCAACUAUGACCCCUACCCUUUCUGGCUCUGUGGCUGCCACAUGGUGGCGCUCAACUUCCAAACUGGCGACAAGUGCAUGCAGAUGAACAGCGCCCUCUUCCGUCUGAAUGGACAGACGGGGUAUGUGUUGCAGUCCGAGAUGAUGCGCUCAGACAGCUAUGAUCCAUACCCACAACCGGACAAGAAGAAAGUCAAAUUCAUCAUCACAGUUCGAGUGAUUGCAGCCAGGCACCUGCCCAAGCCAGGCCGCAGUAUUGUUAGCCCCUUUGUGGAGAUAGAGCUGUGUGGAUUCAACACGGAAGACUGCAAGUUCAAGACCAUCGUCCGACAUGAUAACGGGCUGAAUCCAGUGUGGCCAGCCCCUCCGGACCCGGUGCAGUUCCAGGUUUAUGAGCCAGAGUUGACCUUCCUGCGCUUUGUAGUCAAUGAGGAGGACAUGUUCUCUGACCCCAACUUCCUAGCCCAGGCAACCUUUCCUGUUAAAGGCAUCCGGUCAGGUUAUCGAUCGGUUCCACUGAAGAAUGGUUUCAGUGAGACUAUUGAGCUUGCGUCCCUGCUGGUUUACAUUGACGUGGAGCCAGUGGAGAAAGCAGAGGAGGAGCUAUACUCAUCUUUCAACCAGCUGAGAAGGAGGCAGGCGGAGCUGGGCAACGAGCUCUUCCUGUAUGACAGCCACACUGGCCUGCAGCGGUCUGCCCCAGCGCAUAAACGCGAUGACCUCAUCCGAGAGUUCAGUACCAACGAGAGCCAGUUGCACAAGAUCCAGGACACCUGCAGACAGAAGAUGAAGGAUAAGAAGAUCGACAAUAGCAGGUUUUACUCAUGAACCAGACUGCCUCCCUGCUCUGCCCCCCCCCCACUCUCUCUGCUCCCGAAUGUUGUGCGUUCCUAGUACAUGCAUAUGAUGCCGUUCUGCUCUGCUGCAGACCUGCUUCCGUUUUAUACGCCAAAGUAAACAAGUUUAAAUACAGAUCCGAUGAGGCGAAGCACCUCUGCACACACACCUAAAAUCAACUCGCAGUCACUAUUGUUUGGACUUUGCUUAAGUUUUAUUGUGUGAACUUAUUUGACACCAUUUUUGUUAUUUUAAAUAAAUAUAGUACUUUUUUGUCUUUCUCUCCAUUUGAAUUUAUAAUCCUAUCUUAUCGCUGCCGUAAGUUGGAGAGAGCAUCUCCACUGUCUGAAAUGCGAUCUGCCAGCUGCCUCUACUUUAAACUGCUGUCAGAGUAAGAUGAGGAUAUUGUUCCUACAUUCGGUACAUAUUUACAUGUAUGUAAUCAGUACAAUGACAUAAUUCUCAGGUUAUACACAAUAAUGGUUGUUUUGACAGAACACCAGUAGAAUUUAUACUUUAUAGUUUUUUUUAUAGGUGAUCAAAGUGCAAUAGUGGUCAAUUGUGACAACAGCUUGGAAUAUAGCAACGCUUGAUUUUGAGGUUACAGGUAUACUCUCCGCGGCCUGGGAGUGUUAGCCAGGUCAGGGUCAUUGAGGCCGAAAUAUCUCAGGUGGGUGCACUUAUUUUCAUGUGCACUCUGGAUAAAUGGUACCGGCUAAAAGUUUGUAAUUUAAUGGUGAAUUCAGAGGUGGAGGUACUGAGAGGAAUGGAUACGCCUCCAUUUUCCACCGACAGAAGCACAAUUCACACUGAAAGUCAAACCAUAGACCAGGGGUCUCAUCCAUACAAAUGUUUUAGGAUUUAAGCAUGAAUGUAAUCUUAAGAUCAUUUCCCAAGUUGUGCUUACCCAGUCUUAUAAACGCGGCCAAUAACAAUCAUUUCCUCAUGAAUAAGGUUGCAUGCGAAGACAUCUUGCGCUCUUCAUGCCUGAAAUUGAUUAUCAAGUUUUAUUCUGAAAGCGCGAGUACAGCCCCCUUCAGGGCUUACGUGGAGCCCGUUCGGGUGGCUGCCAACCCUAUAGCCAGCAGUUAUGUCUUUCGUCUGGUAUAAACUGGAAGAUACGGUCAUAUCCACGUCUAAGUAGGAUUUCGUAAAUAACUGCUUAGCUCAAGUUUUCUGCGAAUGCCACUAAUGGAGAUAUCAUUUGAUAGUAAGACCGUUUUAUAAAUGAGCCCCUAGGGAUCUCCAGCACCAGGGCCCUGUUUCACAUAGGCCCUGUCGAUUUAAGCAAUCCAAGAUAAUUUGAUGCGUGUCUCAUCUAAUUAUCGAAUUAAAUUUGGGCUUACUGUGUUGCACAAACGUGAAUUAGGAUUCGAUUUGUUUAACUAGGAUCGAAUCAUAUCAAAUAACUUCGAGCACCUGCUCUUCUAUAACGGAGAGAUGAAUCGCACGGCAAAAACAGAUCAUACUCCUUCUAUUGGCACAAAGGGAGGCGGCGUCGACCUCUGUUAUUUUUCUCCAAUAUUUUUUUGAGCUCUCAUAAUGUAACCUAUGUUGGAGAGGACAUAUUUGAGUAAGAAAACUUCACGCGCUUUCUGAAAUGUCACCACUUAUUUUUCAGGGCAUGUGACAGCAGCUGCAAAAGGAGUUGGCAGCAUGUCAAAGCUGAAUAUAAAAACAUACUGAAAAAAUAUCGUCUUUAUUCAAAGCCUACAUUUUCAACUCGGUAAUGUACAAGUUAGUGGUUAAUCUCACAAGACAUUUGGAAAUGCUAUGAAAACAUUUAUUUAUUAGGGAUUAUGUACAUUUUACCGGGGUGAAACCUUCUUGCAUAUGAUGUCUUUACCUGCAUAGAAACCUUCCUUCCUUACAUGGCCAGGAAAAGCUUUUUGACUGCAAGGUACACUUCCCUGAUUGCUCCUUAGGCUAUACUGUGGCUUUACUUAUGUUUUUUUAGCCAAUAGCCAUUUUCUCAUUUUCUUAGAUUUUUGUCUCUGCCAUUGUUUAAAUUUCCUCAUUUUACUACUGUAUUUAUUGUGUAAUCUUGUAUCCUGUUUGUGAGUUUAAUUUGGCUUUUAUUUUUGUCCUCAAAUGUGAAGCACUUUGCAUUGCAUUUUAUGUAUGAAACAAAUGAACAAAUAAAGUUUAUUAUUGAA